AUGGCCAAACGUGAUUACUUGGUGGAGGCGGCCAAGCAGAUUCACAUGGCUCUGGACAGUGAGGUCAACGAGGACUAUGAGGCAGCUUUCAGUUAUUAUAAGAAUGGCGUGGACUUACUCUUGAAUGGCGUCCAGUUGGACCCAAACAAAGAGCGUCGGGAGGCUGUUAAGAGGAAGACGACCCAGUAUUUGAAGAGAGCUGAGGAGAUAUUCAUAACACACCUGCAGGACAACCUCGGGAAAGGCAAUUCUCAUUUAGGGGGCUACAGCAGUCUGAGAUUCCGCCCGGUAAGACACUUGAGUUCUCCUGUGGAGGAUCUGGAGAUGUGUAAAGUGGUGGGCGUCAGUGAUAAGGUCUUAGUUGUGCAAAGCAUGGUCAAUAAGGAGACAUUUGUCGUAAAGAGUCUGAUGAAGUCCAGCUGGGAAAGCAGGGAGCAGCCGACCAUCAUCCCUCAAGGAGUGCCGUACAUGGUGAAGCUGCUGCGGUACUAUGUCAGCGAGGACACCGUGUACCUCCAUCUUGAACAUGUCAAAGGUGGGAGGCUUUUCUCAAAACUUCACAAACUGCGAAAGGAGAGAGCAAAGGAGCACCCAGAAUGCAUCACAUCUGGCCAGCGCAACGUCAAGAUGAAGAGCAGCUACACCUCACCCGCAAUCUGCACAGACUACAAGCACAGCGUCAGCAAGGAAAGCGGUCCUCACAAGCCGAACGACGAGAGCCCGGAUGCGGAAGACCCGAGGUCUUGGGAAGAGACCCGGCUCCGUCUGGACAGCUGUCGGACCUACUCCUACAUCGAGGAGACGGGUUGCCUCCAGAAUUCCCGUUCCGCUGCGCCAUUCCGCACAGAGACUGACCGCGCCACUCUGCUCUCUGGACCCGCAAGCACGCAGGUCAACGCUCGCAUCCAUCCGCCAGCUCCGACUUUGUGUCUGCACUCGUCUCAAACUCAGGACAAGCUCGCUCUUCCUCUAUCUUGCGCUCGCAUCAGUCAAGCUCUGGACGUCAUGUCAGAAGUCAAUGAGAAGAAAGGUGGAAUUGGACUAAUAGAGUGCAGCUCUGACUUUGAAGCGGCUUGGAAGGCUGCAGAUCCGGCGCGUAGAAGUCAACAAAUCAACCCCUAUGCAGUCCCUGACAUGAAGAUGACAAUUCAUUCACACAACUCAAGUCUUAGAACAGAAUCUCCAAACACUAAAAAUCAGUCUUCUCCAGCCAUUUUACAUCUUCCACUUCAUUGCCAAACACAAAUUCACGGUAGGGCGUCUUGGGAUGCCCCGAGCUUUUCCCAGGGACCGGCUUUAAGCGAGGCUACAAACUUAGACGCGAAGCAAGCCGGCAGCUCCCCUUCAGAGGAGCAUAACGGAGUGGUGGUUCUCAAGAGCACGGACCAAGCCGUGUUCUCGGACCACUCGGAAGCACGGGCCACCUCGGGGAGCGAAUGGCCCGCAAAGGAAACAAGUCCGAUUAGUGAAGAACCUUUAAGUCCCGGAAAAGUGUCCCCGACCGCCGAGGGAUCCUUUUCGAGCUGGUACUCCCCCCGCCUCCUCGGAGUCCAAAAGAGGACUGAGGACUCACCAGAAAGGACGGGAGAUGACCAGAUCAUUGAGGUGGAGGGAUGGUGCCACGUACCUCGUUUACCGCUCAAAUCCUCAGAAAAGUCCGGCCGGCAGACUUGCUGGGGGCUUCCCGAAUCCCAAGUGAGUGUGUGGGGUGCCCAGAUCUUGUUGGCCCUGGAGAGCCUCCAUCAACAGGGCAUCGUAUGUCGGGACCUCAAUCCCAGAAAUGUUCUGCUAACCAGCAACGGAAAGGUGAGCUUGACUUUUUUUGGGCAGUGGAGUGAGGUUCAGUCCGAAAUCGACUGCGACGCUAUGGAAGAGAUGUACUGUGCACCAGAAAUUGGUGGAGUGUCCAGAAUUACAGAAGCAUGCGAUUGGUGGAGUUUGGGGGCACUAUUGUUUGAACUUCUCACGGGAAUGCCUCUAUGGCAGCUCCACCCAACAGGAAUCAACUCCCACACUCAGCUGCUCAUCCCCGACCACCUGAGCACCGCGGCUGCAUCCCUUCUCACCGAAUUACUUCAGUUUGACGCCGGCUAUCGUCUGGGGUGCGGCGGCGGAGGUGUGAGCGACAUCAAGUGUCACCCUUUUUUCAGUGGCGUCUCCUGGAAGGCUCUGAGCUGCUAG